UAAUCAUGUAGUAUUAGUAGUGUAGAAUUAAACCUCUCCUUUUUCCUCACGUUACAUAUUUCGAACAAAGAAACAUUACAUUGCACUAAAAUGCCAGAAAAGAGGAGAGAGAGAAGAGAGAGCGUAGAGGGCGAAAACUAAGUAGCAAACCUUUGCAGCGCUCGAACGAGCAAUCCACAGAGAGAAAGAGAGGGGGAAGAGAGAGAGAGGAGAGGGAGAAAAAGGGAGAGUACCAUUCGUGAAUCGAAGCUUUUGAAGCGCGUCUCGACACCGGAGAACACUCACUCUUCGAAGCUUACACAGGUCAGCGGAGCCUUAAUUCCUCUUCUGCAACUCUCUUCUCACUCUUCUCCAAGGUUUUUACCUCUUAAUUUUGUAUCUUUUCUAUUCAUUUGUAACAAUUUCAUAGGGUUUUCACUUCCAGAAAAAAACCGUCAGAACCCCAACACACCAGCGAUCUGUUCCUGUUUCUAGGGUUUUCAUCAAGAUCAACGCUUCCUGAAUCAUGGUUUGUAACCUAUAGCAGUGAAAUUAAUCUGUAAAUGAGGUUUUCUUGGAGUUGUCCCAGGGGUUCUCAUGGCUUUUAUCGCAAAAAGAAACCCUAGGCCUAAUGGGUUUCUUCCGAGAAUAGUGUACCCUCAAUACCUCAGGAUUUGACGAGAAUUUGAGCUCUACAGUAGGUUUUGUGAGGGUUUGAGUUAUACUGAGAGUUGGGGCUUUGCUCAAAACCUCUGGUUAAGGGUUUUUGUGAAUGGAGGGGACGGGUACCAUUGAUUCUUGCAUAUUCUUUAUUGUUGCCAUUAAAUCCUGCAUUGCUUGAUCGGUGAGUCUCGGGCUCCAUUCCUAGGGUUUUGGCUAAUUGGGUCACCUCAAUUCUGGGAUUAAAUUAGUGGGUUCUCAGGCUUUUGCAGAAUUGGAGCUCUAAACUUGUUUUUGAGAUCAAUUCCUCGAUUUGUAUGGACCCAAUGAACUGAAAUGCUACCCACUCAGCAACAUUCGCGCAUAAACACUGCCGAGGUUAAGGCCCUACUUGUCAAGAAGCUCGGGCCAGAGAAGGCUUCUCACUACUUUUAUCACCUGAACAGAUUCUUGAGUCAAAAAAUCAGCAAGAAUGAGUUCGAGAAGCUAUGUUACUUGACUAUAGGCAGAGAAAACCUCUCUCUACACAACCACUUAAUCCAAUCAAUUCUUAAAAAUGCUUGUUUAGGGAAGGUUCCACCACCCCCACCUUCACAAGAUGCUUCUUCAAAGUCUGUCGAAGGCUCAACCAGAAAAACCCCUGUAAUUUGGUCUAAUGGUGAUGCCUUACCUCCAUCUCCUCGAAAGAGCAGGUCUUGUAUAAGGGACCGAAAGCUUCGUGAUCGACCAAGCCCUCUAGGACCGAAUGGAAAGGUUGACAUUGCCCCUACACAUCAAGGGUUUCUUGCUGAAGGGCCUCACAUCAAGGUGCUUGAGAAUGGAGAUGCUCAUCUUUGUGAUAUGCAGAGGCCUAUGGUGGCCCAUCAAGGCCUUGCAGAGCGACCCGACAAAGAUCGGGAUAUUUCAUUGUUACCCAACAUGAAGAGACCGCGAAUGAAGAGAUCUUCUCAUGGUCCCAAUUAUGGCAGGGCUGCAAUUGAAGUAGUUAAUGUUGAAGAUGGUGAAGAAGUUGAGCAAUUAGGUUCCUCUACUAAUCUCCCCACUAGAGCUAGAAGUCCUCUAAAAGCUCCAUUAGGCAUUCCUUUCUGUUCAGUUAGUGUGGGUGGUGCUCGUAAGGUCGCAAUCAAUGAAGUUUUGAGGGGGCAGACAAGUAGUAGUUUAGCAAGUGAUUUGGGGGAACUAUCGGAUACUGAUACUCUUAGGAGAAGGCUGGAGGUUAUAGCUGAAGUUGAGGGUUUACAAGGUGUAACAAUGGACUGUGCUAAUCUUUUGAAUAAUGGGUUGGAUACCUAUUUAAAGAAGCUGAUCAGGUCUUGUAUAGAGCUAGCAGGUUCAAGGUCUGGUCAUGAGCAAAUGAAGCAAGUGGUUCAGAAGCAGCAGGUUCAUGGAGGAAAGCUUGUACAGGGGAUUAACGGGGUGUGGCCUAACCAUCUCAUGCAUAUACAGAGCGCUUCUGGUUCUGUGGAGGAGGUUAAAAACUGGUCUCCAAUAUCUCUGCUUGAUUUCAAGGUGGCAAUGGAGUUGAACCCACAGCAACUGGGUGAAGAUUGGCCAUUGCAACUUGAGAAGAUAUCCAUGAGAGCUUUUGAGGAGGAAUAACACAUGGAACUUAAAGUUGGGCUUUCACCUUUGAGGACCGAGUUGGGUUCCCAUCAACCCUAAGUGGAAAAUUGAGUUGCUGACAGAGAUUUGUGACUGAGAUCAGGGAACACAUUCCUCAGUUUGCAAUGUCCUUUUGCAAAGGGCACUCGAACAGGCAGAUACGGCAAAGGUAUGGGCUUGGGGAGCUGAGCUUGUCUAGUCCCCAUCAAGCUCAUGCUCGCACGUUACCACACAUUGAACCAGCAACCAUCACAUGGGGAUUCCAAAGUGUUCCCAUUGUUUGGUUGCGUUGUUGUAUGUUUAAUAUUUACAAGAGGAGGAGUCUUCUGCCAUUGCCGCAGGUCCUCAAGCUUCUGAUUUUAUGUAACAUCAAAGCCAUUGCAGAGAAAAUUUUCUGACAGUUUUGCAAUAGCAAUGCUUUUCCUGUAGCUUGGUGAAGUUGUUUUCUGUUAGGAUCGCGGUGAUGUGCUUUAUGUAUUAUGAAAUCUGAAAAUUGCUUCAGUGGUUCAAAUAAUAACACAGCCUCCCACUAUUCUUCCUUGGGCAGCUGUAGGCUUUCUAAUGUGAAUCCUUGGGAAUCCAUCCUCUGAAAGUUCUUCUACUUCUAGUUGCAUCAUGUUUGAUGUGCUAGUGUGCAAGUUACUCAGGGAACAGGAGGUAGAAGAACUGCUAGGGUGGCUUUAGGGGAGUAUAUAGCAAAUCAAAGUCUAAGCACCUGCACGACCAACUUGUUAAAGGUUAUCGAUAUAUGGUUGUCAAUUUACUUCUGAUCCUUAGGGCAUAUUGUUUGCUCACAUAGUUAUAGGUAUUGUUGAAUUGUAACAGUCUAGUUAUAUGUAUGAACAUGCUCGACUCUAUGUAUUCGUCUUUUAUCUCG